AUGACGGAAAUCCUCGGCAAGAAAGUCGGCGCCACUGGCUACGGCCUUAUGGGCUUCACUUGGCGACCUAACCCCAUCCCUACGGAAGAUGCCAUUGUUGCCAUGAAGGCUGCUCUCGAGAGCGGCUGCAACCUCUGGAGUGGUGCUGAAUUUUACGGAACACCGGAGUACAACUCCAUGACCUUGCUCAAUGCCUACUUUACUAAGUAUCCUGAGGAUGCUGAUAGAGUUGUCCUCAGUAUGAAGGGCUGCAUGGAUCUCGCAACACAUGCUCUCGACGGAUCGCCCGAAGGUGUCCGCCGAUCCAUGGACAAUAUUCUGAAGCAGCUCGAUGGCAAGAAGAAGGUCGAUUUGUUCAGCUGCUCGCGCAGAGACGCCAAGACGCCUCUUGAGGUCACUAUUGGCGUAUUGCAGAAGGAGUACAUCGAUACUGGCAAGCUCGGCGGCUUUGCCCUCUCUGAAUGCUCGGCCGCGACGGUUCGAGAGGCUGCGAAGCUCACCAAAGUGCACAUUGCUGAGGUUGAACUGAGCAUGUUCUCCCCUGACAUUCUCAACAACGAUAUCGCAGAGGCGUGCGGUGAGAACAACAUUCCCAUCGAGGCAUACUCUCCCAUCGGCCGAGGCAUUCUGACAGGCCGCUUCAAAGAGGCAACUGACUUCAAGAACAACGGCAUUGUUUCCAUCUUUCCUAGGUUCCAAGAGGAUUCUUUUGCGGACAACUUGAAGCUUACUCAGAGAGUCGAGGAGAUUGCAAAGAACAAGGGGUGCACAUCAGCACAGCUUGCUCUAGCCUGGGUGCGGGCCCAGAGCCGUCGCAACGGUCUCCCAGACGUUGUCCCUCUGCCUGGAGCUACAACAGUUUCACGUGUCCAGGAGAAUGCUACUGCUAUUUCACUCACCAAUGAGGAACUUGCUGUGCUGGAUGACAUCGUCGCCAGCUUCAAGCCCGUUGGCGACCGUUACCCUAGCUUCGUUCCUACCAACACCUAA